UUACAUGCCACUCCACUGGACACUUUCUCUUUCUCUCUCUUUUUCUAUAGAAGGAACAGAUUAGUAAUGCUACAGAGUGAGUGAGUGAGACUGCGAUACACAAAACCGUAUAGUCUCUCUGCUCUCCGCAGAAUCAUGAGUGAACAAGAGACGAAGAAGAUGUUUGUUGUUUCGGGAACCAACACCGCAGGCUUUCUUCUAGACCCUGCAAAAUGUGCUGAGUUGAAUUUACAAGACAGACAAAAACUAGUCAAUGAGAUUGCUCAACAGUCAAAAGAUGCUCCGAUUAUGCUUCAAUCAUUUACUCGCAGGGAACUUCUCGAAGUAAUUUGUGCUGAAUUAGGAAAAGAGAGGAAGUACACAGGAUAUACUAAGAAUCAAAUGAUAGAAUAUCUUCUGAAGAUCAUUUCUAAGAAAUCCAAGUUGCAUGUCAACCAAACCCAUUCUCCUUCCGAAAGUGGCAUUUUAUCUAAAAGGAAAAAAGGAACUCUAUCUCAAGAUUUACAUAACACUCCUCAAGAAGACAGUAAAGAGGAAACAUUGAAAAUGUUAAUGUGUCAGAAUGUUGCAUGCAAAGCUACAUUGAAUCCAGAAGAUUCGUUUUGCAAGAGAUGUUCUUGUUGUAUAUGUCAUUGUUACGAUGAUAACAAGGAUCCUAGUUUGUGGUUGACCUGCAGCUCUGAUCAUCCCAAUGAAGAGUCAUGUGGAAUGUCAUGCCAUUUGCAAUGUGCUUUGAGUAAUCAAAUGUCUGCCAUUUUGAAGGGAAGUUGUGGUACAACUUUGGAUGGAAGCUUCUACUGUGUUUCUUGCGGAAAAGUUAAUGAACUAAUGAGGACAUGGAGAAAGCAAUUAUUGAUUGCAAAAGAAGCAAGAAGAGUGGAUAUACUCUCUUUGCGAAUAUCCUUGGCCCAAAGAAUUCUCGUAGGAAAAGAAAUCUACAAGGAAUUGCAGAAGAUUGUAGAAACUGCUCUCAAAUUACUGGAGAAUGAAGUCGGGCCUCUGGAUCAUGUAUAUGCUAGGAUGACUCGUGGAAUUGUGAGUAGGCUGUCAUGUGGUGCAGAGGUCCAGAAGUUGUGCUCUACUGCAGUUGAAUGUUAUGAUUCAAAGUUUUCUGACCUCUCCUCCAAUUCUGCAGAAAAGCAAAAUGCACCAAUUAUUGCUGAUAACAGAUAUGGAAGCUUAGAUGGAUCACACCAAGUCCCAUCCCUCGCAUGCUCUAUACGUUUUGAAGAGUGUCUUCCUACCUCAGUGGUCAUUGUACUAGAAUAUAAUGAGAAACUUCCAAAGAACUUUCUGGGCUGCAGGCUUUGGCACCGAGUAUCAACAACGGACUACCCAGAGCAACCCACCUUCAUUGUCCUGAGGCCUGAGAAAAGAUUCAAGCUAGAAAACCUCCAUUCCUCAACUGAGUACUUUUGCAAGGCUUCUCUGUUUAGCAGCACAGAGACUUUGGGUGCUGCAGAAGCUAAAUGGGUGACACCUAGUGAAUCCCCAAAUUCUCCUUCAAAAGUUAUUAAACUUCGACGUGGUGCCAAUCCUUCUAGAGGCACAGCUGUGAACACAUGUGCUCAGGACCAAAUUAAGAUAACUGCUGAAAAUCAUCAAGUAGAAUCUGCCAACUCUGACCAUCCUGCAAAACACAUCUUUUCGAACAACAGGGGAUCGUUUGAAGAUUUCCUCUCCAAGCCUCCAUCAGCAGAACCAUUUUCAUGCCAAACUUUUGCAGCAGUUUCGCCUUCGACGCCUUGUAAGUCCUUUGAAAUGAGACGGAUCACUGGUUUGAAUUCUCGAAAGCGCUCCCGGGAAAACGAUUACGAGUAUUCUGUCAGGGUGGUCAAAUUGCUAGAGCAUCAAGGGCACAUAGAUGAGAUCUUCAGGGUGAAAUUUCUCACAUGGUUCAGCCUCAAGGCUACUCAGCAGGAGAGAAGGGUGGUUAGUGCUUUUGUUGAUGCAUUGAUUGAUGACCCAGCAAGCUUAGCUGACCAGCUCAUACAUACUUUCUCUGAUGAGAUAGGCUGUGAGCAAAAAUCUUAGUGAGGAUAAAUUUUACAUUGAAUAUCUGUUUGGCAUAAGUCCACUGAAUCUAUGUGGGAAUUAUGAAGUUUUUUAAAACUUGUGGUAGUUGAAGUAGGGAGUAGGGGAAGUCAGGUCAGGUUUUUCAAUUGUGCCUCUAGUAGGUGCACUAGUUUAUGGUAUUUAGCAAGUUAGUUUUGAUUAUGGAUUGAUUAGUGGACUGAUUGUUGGACGCAUGUUACUUGUCCCCUCCAAAGCGAUCUAGUUUAAGUUUAUCGUCAGAUAUUCUUCAUCCCUCUACUUUUUCUAAAUUACUAGAUUGCUCGGUUCU